GGGUCGCCGAAGUAGAUUGUUCACGAGCAGAGUGUUUCGCGAACAGCAUUCACCUAUAGAUUGCGGUGAAAGAUGUUUGCUGUGCCGUUGCUGUUACUGCUGCUGGUCGCGAGACCCACUAUCUGCACCACGUCGGUCGACGCGCGUGCUGCUGUGCGCGAGUACUCGGAGCAGAAGGACCCUUACGGACGCCUGAGGCUCGCCAUAGCCACGGACAAUGUGGUCGGGCUGGACGAAACGGAGUGUGACGUGUCCUAUACGCCGCUGGUCGUGUACGUGGACGACAAAGGAAGAGAACCGUCGCUGUUGGAUCCCGCCCUCUUCUCCGGACUCGUCGAAGGCGGUCGACUCUUGUACCUGGAGACGAGGUGGUGCUUCGAGUCUAGCCAACGGGGGUCGUCCGCCGAGAACGGCUCCCUGGGAUGUUACUCGGAUCCGAAAAACAAUACCGUACUGAUCCCGCUUGGCGGUAAAGUGCGCGGGUCCGUGUUUGCGAGAUCGUGCGAAGUCGAAGAUGAUGAAUUGAUUAGUCGCAUGUCACAAGUUUUCGAUACCACCGACGCCAUCGCGAAAUGCCCCUGGCGAAAGUAUCCAGUUGGUUCGGUGGCUAUGGUGAAAUGCGAUGGAUCUACUAAAUCGGCGACAGUCACUUGUAACGAUGAUAUGCAGUGGUGGGAAACGGAUGGAUGUGACGAAGAGCGGUUGCGCGCGGAUACGCAACCGUCAUAUUGGCAAUAUGAGUCCGUUAAAGAAACGUCAAUCGACUGGCUGAAACGGGUGCACAUCGGUAAAGUUGUUAGCGCUACUAUCGGGGGUGUAGGUCUUGCGUACGCCACGUACCGCGGUUGCCGGAGCAAGUGCCGGGACAAGAGUUUCUGUGGAGGACUCCAUACCCAUGCCUGCGCCCUGAACUGUCCACGCUAAGGUACAAAUAGCCGAGUUCUCCCUUCGCUCACCGCAUCCACCAAGCUGUUUCGACAUGUAAGGAAUACAAAUUAUCCUAGCUUUUCACCAGUGUUCAGGUGUGUUUGUGUGCAUUACUCUUUUGCGUCCCGGAGUUCAUUUGUGUUCCUCAAG